AUGCUCUGCUGCACGUUGGCCGUUCAGCUGGUGUACUACGUGGAUGCGGCGGCGUUUUUGCGAUCAGACAAAGACUCGAAAGCUAGCCCAGUGGCUGAGACCGGAAGCCAACAGUACAUCUCACCAGGUACGCGAAUUGUAAUUCUAACACAUGAGGUUGAAACACAUUGCUAAGAAUUUUUAAAUUUGGCGAAAAAAAUUAAUAUUUAAAUUUUAAAGUCAAACGAGUUGCAAAUCACUCAGUACGUAUUUUACACCCGCACCUGUGACUUAGCUCAAAUCUGCUAUCAAAUAACCAUGUUAAAACACAAUGCCAAGACUUUCCGAAUUUGGCGGCAAAAUCAAAGUUUGAAUUUUUGUGUCGCUUAAAAACCAUUUUUAAGCUAAAACUUUAAAUAAAAAAUUUGUAAAACGCAUUUCAACCCCUAUUUGAUCAAGAUUUUUACAUUUUUUAGCUUUGGUGCUAUAUAGCACUACACGUACUAAAUAGCACCAAGUCCAGGAAUCUUCCUAAAUUUGCUCUCCUUGAUGUCUUCAAAAUAGAAUGACGUUCUUUCUUUUAAAAAUUAGCCCUAGGCAUCCAUUAUCGGGCAUUUUCGAUUAAUUUCAUCUCACCUGGCCUCUUUCUUAUUUACCGCGAAAUGGAAUUACAUUUACAUCUCAAUUACUUUCCUAGCACAAACACAAUCAAGUGGAAAACAGAAAUCUCAAAAUUACUUUUUGGUACUUUAAAUCAAGUUUAAAAAUUCCCGGAAAAGUCCAUUUUCAUUGUUUUGUCGAUAUUUUAGGCAAAUCUCAUUAUCAUUGGUUCUAUUGCAAAAUGAUGACCUUUUUGCUUCAAAAAUGUCGUUUUUUAACGUUACAAAGCUUAUCAUACUAUAACUAUGUGUGAAGAGUGCUUUUAAAACAAAAAACGCAAAAAACAUUUUUGGUACUAUACAGUACGAGUUCAGAAUGAGCAACAAAAAUCAGUAUUAUAGCGCUAAAAAAUGAUUUAAAGCAAUUCUGAAUAUUAAACCUUGUAUUAAAUUAAUGCUUCGACACUUAAAUUCACUUGUACUAUAUUAUAAUGUACAGUAUUUUUACUAUAUUAUUAUGUAUAUUACUUGUAAUAUAUUACACUGAUUAUGCAAGUAGUGCUAUAUAGCAUCAAGAUGUCUUUAAGCCUAAUUUUGUAUUACAUUAACGCCCCAACACUUAAAUGCACGUGUACUAUAUCAUACUGUAUAAUACAAGCGGUGCUAUAUAGCACCAAGAUGUUUUCGAGCCAAUGUUUUUUAUUACACCUCUUAAAUAUGUUUUUAAUUUUAAUGUCUUGUUUUUCAAUCUUCAUUACAAAUUUUAUGUCUUCCUUAUGAUACAAAACCUAAUACAACAUCAGCCAGCCGUCUGGCACUAAAACCACAUCAAAACUUUUAUUUUUUGCAUUAAAACCCAAAAACAACAAUAUGAAAUUCGAAGCGAAUUGGCCAAAUCUCCCAAUUUCAACGAUUUUCCGGCCAAUUUUUGGAUGACAUUUUGUUUUUGUGAUGACAUUCUGUUUGAAAUUGGAAAAAAGUUUAAUUUCGCAGCUAAAUUAAACCGGUUUUUCUAGGGCUAAUCACCUUAUUUCGCAUUUAUACCGCUAUUCCAAAGGCUAUUGUCGGCUUUUUAAUGCAUUUCGAAUUGAAUUCGCCUUAGGGCAUUUUAAAGGCUUCCCAGAAUUUUCAAGAAAAAAGUUUGAAUUUCAGUGCAUCUUAAGUGCUAUUCAGUACUUGGAAAAAUUAAAAAGUACUGUGUUAAAUACAGUUGAACUGCUGUAUAACGAGCUCCUCUAUAACAAAACUCUUUUACAACAAACAACUUUUAAACCCCCAAGCGAUUCGUUAUACAGGAGUUCCCCUGUACAGUGGAACUCCUGUAUAACGAAUCAAGUAUUCAAAUACAUGUUAUUACACCUAACCUCAUAAACAGUUUGAAAUGGGUUUUUCUAUAAACUAGGUUGAAAAACUGCAUUCGAAAUGGCAUAAAAUACAUGGAAAAGCCGUGAAAACUUAAAAUUUUGCAAUUUUUCAUACAAUAAAACUCCUGCAUAACAAAUCACUCGGAGAUUUUAAAACUGUUCGUUAUAGAGGAGUUUCGUUAUACAAGAGUUUUAAACGCACGGUGUAGUGUUGGCCGGGGAUUUAAAAGUUGGUCGUUACACAGAAAUUGCGUUGUAGAGGAGUUCGUUAUACAAGAGUUCCACUGUAUCAAAUCAAAAAUACAAUAAAACUCCUGUAUAAAAAAAUCAUUUAUAACGAAGUUUCUGUAUAAUGAACAACUUUUAAAUCCGAUGUCAACACUACACAGUAAAUUUAAAACUUCUGUAUAACGAAACGGUUCUAUGACGAACAACUAUAAAAUCCCCGAACUAUUCGUUAUCUAAUAGGUACUGACAUAAAGAACACGCCACUUUUCACAACAAAUUACAGGAAAAGUAUGGCGGGUUCUUUAUGUCUGCACCUAAUAGUUCUACUGUACAUAAAAUUGCAAAAUUCUAGGUUUUCACAUGUGUACCGAGUAUUUUAUGCCAUUUCAAAUGCAUUUUUUUCAACCUAGUUUAUAAAAAAACCUAUUUCCAACUGUUUAUGAGUUCAGGUGUAAUGACAUGUAGUUGAAUACUUGAAACAUGUGAACUGGAAAAGCAUUGAAAGUGUUUUUUAUUGACAGACGUAGAAACUUUGCUUCCGCCGAAUUGAUUUCAACACCAGAAUUGUUUUAUUAAAAAUAGAUUCAUGGGAUACUGUGGAAAAGCUUAAAAAAUGUUUAGGCUGUAUUUUAGCACAGCGUACUAUAUAUUACUUGUGGUACUAACAAAAUAAGAGCCUCAUAACGCCGGUCUUGUCGUAUUUUACAUUUUUUUAAAACUUAGAAGAUAAAAUUCGAACUUCGUACUGUUUUGCACUACUCGUACUAUAUAGCACCAAACAUUUUUUUAGUACUACAUGCUCGAAAAUACAAAUUUUAAGCGUGAAAACUCAAUUAUUUGCUUUCAGAAGUCGCCAAUCUACUUUUGGAGCCCCAAGUUGUUCAAGAAUUGUUGGAAUUGCAAAGUCAGUACCGUCCAGGUGAGUAGUACGAUAAUUUAAAAAGAGGAACAAAGUGGCCGCGUAUUUUACAUUAUCGUUGUCAUUUAAAAUCUACACACGUCCUUAGGCUAUACCUUUGCCAUUUAAACUCUAUAUGAAUUGACUUAGGCUAUGUAUUUGACACUUGAGGUCUGCACACCUCGUUCUAGGUUAUCUUAAACACUACGCCAAAAUUAGGGCAAAAAACGAAGUUUAAAAUUUCAAAAAACUUUCAGAACGCUAAUUAUAAAACACUUUUGAAAAUUACAAGCCCUCCAGCUGCGAAAAACACAGUAUUGUUAAUAAAAACUCUUUACGUAAACACUAUAUUUCGUUUUCGAAACUAUUUUUGACACUUUCCGGCAAUUAAAUUUGAAACCAUUAUUAUAAAAAACAAAUUUACAAAGCUUUUUGAACUUUUAGAGAACAGUUUUAAAAACGUACUGUUUGAAAAUUCAAUUAAAAGCCAACAUUGAGUUAUAAUGCCUUGCACGGUGCAUGGUAAAAAAUGGAUGUAAAGUGGAAGACGUGCAAUGUAUUUUGCACAGAAAACCUUCCACUCAACUACCAUUUUUAAAAAAUGUCUUAAAAUGGCCUAAGAACACAUUUUUGACACUUUUUAAAAAGCGGAAAUUACGUGGAAGAUUUUCAAUGUAUUUUUCACUGAAAAUCUUCCACCCAACUUCCACUUUUAAAAAAUCCACAAAUUUUUUUCUACAGUAAUGCAUAGGACUUCAGACCGCUUCCGACAUCUAAAAAUUAGCAAAAACUUUCUUUAAAGCCCCAAAAAACAACGUUUUCAAACUAAUUUCAACAUUUUCAGGCCAAGAACCAGUCGAAGCGUCGGCCGUUGAACAAGAAAUGACGCCCCAGAAGCGAGCCCAGACCUUUGUACGAUUCGGCAAACGCGCCCAGACGUUUGUGCGCUUCGGUAAACGUGCUCAAACCUUUGUCCGAUUCGGCUAA